AAUAAAUUAUUGGGAGACCAAACAAUUUAGGCGUUAUAAUGGUGUUAUAUUUGGUGUUACGUUAUGCUGUUAUGUUAUGGUGUUAUAUUUAAAGACGUUUGCUGUUAUAUUGCUGUUAUUUUUAAUGAUAGUUUUGCAUUUAUACUUGCUGUUAUAUUUGAUGUCACACGUGACAGCAAAUAUAUCAGCAAAAUAUCAUUGCAAUGCUGCCACAUUUUGUCAUUUAAAUAAGAAGUUUAGAAAGUUUCUAAAGAGGUAGCACAAGGUGGUAAAAGUAAAAAAAAAAAAAAAUGGAAGCAAUUAAAGUUAUAUUUAAAGAAAAUGCUGAAAUAGUUAUUGCCAGCAGCAGUAAUUUUUUGGAUUUUUGUGCAGCUGAUAGUUCGUAAAACCUUCAAUUUGACCAUUAUUGAAGAAGUCAAGUGGAAUAGCUGUAAAGUAAAUGCUAGUAGUUUUGCUGCUCUUCUCAACGAACAAAAUUUAGAGUUUACUAUUCAAGCUCCAUAAUUUGUUGAUAUUUCCAACUUUCAACAAGUAACUUUUUUAUCUGAGUUAAAUAAGGCUGACACAGCUCAAUCAUCACCGUUAUGCCAAUCUUCAUCUAUUGUAAAUGAUAACGUAGAUUUUGUAGUACCAUCGAAUAAAGUUAAUUGGAACUUUGAAAACCAAUGUAUGGCUGAAGAAUGUCAUGUAAAUGUUGUUCAGCCUUCGGUAAGUCAACUAUAUACACCAGUUGCACAAUAUAUGGCUGAAGAACAUCAUGUUAAUGUUGUUCAUCCUCCGGUAAGACAAAUAUCUUCAUCAACUUCUUCAUCUUCAUCUCUAAACACACCCAAGACACCGCGAAAGGUAAUUAACUAUAACUGUUCUGUUUGUUAUUGUAAAACUUCAACUUAUAGUUUUAUGCUUCAUCACUUAAAACUGCAUGGCAAACAAGCAGCUGUUUUUUGUGAAAAUUGUUUGUCCGAAUUUAAAAGUUUUUCAGGUUUUCUAAAGCAUUCCAAAAAUAUUCCAUUAACCAGAUCAAUAUCUGUACUAUUGAAAAUGAAGUUAAAAAUGAUGUUGUGAAUCAAAUUGGUAACACAAAACUUAAUGAAGAUUAUUUAGGAGCUUUGGCAUUACAUUUACAAAGAAAGCACAGAUGUGCUCAAAAUGUUUUAAACAUAAUUUUCAGUAAUUUAAAGGAGAUGCUUUCUCUAUUAAAUAUUGACAUUGAGGCUUUAAAAGCCACUUGUGAUAAACUCUCAACACAAUAUUUAUGGGAAAAGUAUUACAAGAAUAAUUUACAGACUCCAACUGCAAAAGUGAUUGGUCUGAAUAAGCAAGGUUGUAUAAUUCCUUUCAUUGAAAUAUUGUUUUUCCUAUUACAAUCUCAGGAAAUUAAUGACUUUACAGCUGUGAAUGGGGACACAAACCAUGUGAAAAUCGGAAUAUAUUGUGAUGACCUUGGAGUAACAAAUCCUUCAGGAAAGGCGCGUAAAAAGCAAAAAAUGUUUGUAUUUUACUUUCAAAUCUUAAACAUCCCUUCGUUGUAUUGUGGUAGACUGUCUUCUAUUUUUCCGUUAAUUUUUACUCAUACUAAAUGGGUAAAAGAUAAAUAUUUUUACAGUAUUCUUUUUAGCGAUUUUAUUUCCUCCAUAAGCCAGCUGGAAAAUGGAAUUGUAAUUAAAGUUAGGGGUGUUUCAAAAAUAAUUAUAGUUGAAGUAGUAUACUUCUCAGGUGACUCUCUUUCUGCAAAUGCAAUCGGAGGUUUUAAAGAAGGUUUUAGUGAAAAGACAUUGCGCUGUUGCAGAAGUUGUAACUCAACCAGACAACAAAUGAAAGAUUUUUCUAACCAUGAAGAAUGCAGUAUUUGUAACGCUCCAGAACAUAUGAUACGUUUGACUUGGUUUAAGCAAAGCUGAUAAAUCAAAAUGGUCUAAAUACUAUGGCAUUGUUUCAAAAAGUAUACUGUCAAGCAUUCCGGGAUUUGAUGUGACAAAACAGCUUUUAUUUGAUUUUAUGCAUGAUUUGUUGGAAGGUUUCAUUCUGCUUCAGUUAGAGUUAUUUUUGUCGUAUGCCAUUCAGAACAAUUUUUUUAUUUUAAAAAAAAUAAAUGAUUGGCUGCAAGGAUUUAGCUAUGCUAAUGGUAUUGAAAAGCCUAAUAUGAUCCAUACCUCAAUGCAAAUUUGUGGUAGUUUUGGCAGUGGUCAAACUUUGACUCUUUCUCGUAUUAUAUCAUUUUUUAUCUUAGAUCACAUAUGUCAAACCGAUGUCUAUUUCAUUUGUUUGUCAAAACUUAUUCAGGUGCUUCAACUGUGUUUAUUUCCUGUUGUUACUCCUCUUUUUUUAUCGAAUCUAAAAGCCUUCAAGAUCAUCAUCGCUUAUUUUUGUAUUUGUAUCCUGAUAAAUUCAUUCCAAAGUUACAUUUCCUUAUCCACUACCCUGCUCAGGCUGAGCAGUUUGGGCCUCUACGUGAACAUUGAAACGUGGCUUAUGAAAGAAAACAUCAGGUUGUGUAGAAUUUUACGUGGCUUAUGAAAGAAAACAUCAGGUUGUGUAGAAUUUUUGUCAUUUCAAUUUCAAGAACAUUCCCUAUUCAGCAUGUAAAACGAUGAUCAUUAAUACCACAAACAAUUUUUUCAAUGCAGCAAGGGAAAGACGUGGUGAUGUAUAUGGACAAGUGGACAAGUUGAAGUUUAAAAAAGGAUCUAUUAUUUCUGUUAAAGUAAAUGGCAUAAUUUACAAGAUUGGUGAUAUUACUUCAUGCUUACAAGAAGAAAAGUUGAUAUUUUAUGGAAAGGAUAAAAUCCUUUCCAUAUCGUCAGAAAAUGACAAGCAUGCUUUUAAAUGCUCUAAACUUAUAGUACAAGCCCACUCAGCAUACUUGAUAUGUUGUGAAUCUUCUGAAUAAGUUGUCAUUUAUCCAGAUACUUUGAUAUUUCCUUGGUGUGUCAUCCAAUAUUAUAAUUUUUCAAGUUCUGUUAAUGGCAGAAUCAAUAUUUUUUCUUUAGCAGUGCCAAAUCUAAAUUUUUUUGCUAUAUGCAUAUGAGUUUAACUUUUA